CCUCAUACACACUCUGCCCCACCGCUGCCCUGCCGACCUCCCCCUCACGAGGAUUCGCGGCCGCUGUUGAGGAGAACAAACACUCACGCCGUGGAUCUCAGAGAGCCCGAACCCCAACAGCUGGCAGUGUUCAACGUGUUUGAAGCGCCACAAGAAAAAGUAUUCAGGAUGGACCCGCUGGUGGCUGCGAUAGACCAGGGCACGAGCUCCACACGGUUUCUGGUGUUCAACGCCAAAACCGCAGAGCUGAUGAGUCAACACCAAGUAGAGAUCAAGCAGAGUUUCCCCAAGGAGGGCUGGGUGGAGGAGGACCCCAAAGAGAUCAUGCAGUCGAUCUAUGAGUGCAUGGAGAGGACAUGUGAGAAACUCCGCCUGCUCAACAUCGACAUCUCCAACAUUAAAGCUUUGGGGGUGGCCAAUCAGAGAGAGACGACCCUGGUUUGGGACAAAGAGACAGGAGAGCCUCUCUACAACGCCAUUGUUUGGCUGGACCUGCGCACACAGUCUACCGUGGAGAGUCUCAUCAACAAGUCUCCAGGCAAAAACAAGAACCACCUCAAGCACAAGACAGGCCUUCCCAUCAGCACCUACUUCAGCGCAGUGAAGCUCCGCUGGCUGCUGGACAACGUCGAGGAAGUGCAGCAAGCGGUGCUGAGUCAGCGUGCCAUGUUUGGAACAGUGGACUCCUGGAUCAUCUGGUGCCUGACGGGGGGUAACAACGGGGGGGUCCACUGCACAGACGUCUCAAACGCCAGCCGCACCAUGCUCUUCAACAUCCACAGCAUGGACUGGGAUCCUGAGCUCUGCAGGUACUUUGAUGUCCCGAUGGAAAUCCUCCCCACUGUCAGAAGCUCCUCUGAAAUCUACGGCUGGAUGAAAUCCGGCUCUCUUGCAGGGGUUCCAAUCUCUGGGUGUCUUGGCGACCAGUCGGCUGCCCUGGUUGGUCAGAUGUGCUUCAGGGAAGGCCAGUCCAAAAACACGUAUGGGACCGGCUGCUUCAUGCUCAGAAACACAGGGACCAAGCCUCUGAUGUCGGACCACGGCCUGCUGACCACAGUUGCCUACAAACUGGGAAAAGACGAGCCUGCCUGCUAUGCCCUCGAGGGUUCUGUAGCCAUCGCCGGGGCAGUGGUGCGCUGGCUGAAGGACAACCUGGGCAUCGUGCAGUCUUCCUCAGAGAUCGAGAAGCUAGCAGCUGCAGCCGGCACGUCUCACGGCUGUUACUUUGUGCCCGCCUUCUCCGGACUCUACGCCCCCUACUGGGAGCCCAGUGCACGAGGAAUCAUCUGUGGGCUCACUCAGUUCACCAACAGGAACCACUUGGCUUUUGCUGCCCUCGAGGCCGUCUGCUUUCAGACCAGAGAGAUCCUGGAUGCGAUGAACCAGGACAGCGGCGUCCCUCUGACCGAGCUGCAGGUGGACGGAGGCAUGACCUCCAACAGACUCCUGAUGCAGCUGCAGGCCGAUAUCCUCUGCAUCCCCGUAGUGCGACCCACCAUGUCAGAGACCACCGCUCUGGGGGCAGCCAUGGCAGCUGGGGCAGCAGAGGGGGUGGGGGUGUGGAGCCUGAGCCCGAGUCGUCUGCCACACGUCACAUCUGAGAAAUAUGAACCUCAGAUCAACCCUGAUGAGAGCGAGUUCCGCUACGCUCGCUGGAAGAAAGCCGUCCAGAGAUCCAUGAACUGGGAGACCAACGAGCCCUGCUGCAAUACCAAGGUGACAACAGGUGUAGGGAAGAAGAUGAACGGCACACCCUGGGGGGUGCCUCCCCCCCCUCCCCACAUCAGAGCAGACCCCUAAGAUCCCCAGCUGUAACUGUGGAUCAUGGAGCCAUACAAUGGGAGCACCUCUGGAAGAGUGAUGUGCUCCCAGUGGAUAAAGGACUUGAAGGCUGCAUGAUGUAGCUAGCAGGACCCCACAUCUGACUGAAGGAUGAAGAGCCAGCCGCAUUAAAGACCGACACAACCUGGGGAGCUUUUGAAGCAGCUAUGGAACCGUUUUUGGAUUUAUGGAAUUUAUGUUGUCUUUCUUUUCUGAAAAGAAAGUGUUCUUAAAGCAUCCUUUUUUUAAUCUAUGAAUUUGCCUUCUUCGACUUGUUAGGCAUAGCAAACUCAGGUGUUGGUAGCAAACGGGCACACUACUGUACCUCAUCACUGUGACAUUGUUGGUAAUUGUUGUGUACACUGUUUGAAUGUCUUUGUGCCUCUUUCUUAACUUUGGGAUGCACGAGAUUAGUGGGACUAAUGCUUGAAAAAGGUUACUGCGGUUUAUUUUUUGAAGAACCUAAAAUUAGUGAGAUAUCUUCUGAGUUAAGGAUAUCAGGCAUAAUUAGUUUCCUGGAUUUUUACCAUGAUUUGUUCUAGAUUGAGGGGAAACAUGCUAAAUGUUAGCACACACUUUGCAUUAACUGACAUCUAGCUGCAGGCAAUCUCACAACAGCACUUUAUAAUUGAUCCUGUGUAUAAUGAGGAUUGUGAGCCAUGCAGGAUUUAAACGGAAAGGUUUAUUAACCAGAUUGUUUUAAGAUGGAUUUGAGAGUUGAUCAUUACUCAAAUCUAAAACUAAAGGAAGCCCCUAUACAAUCUAUUAAAACAUCAUGGUACUACGAUUGUUUCCAUGGGUUUUGUAUUUAGUCAGUUAUAUAUAAACAGACUUUUUGAACAUGAACUAUCAUACACAUCCUGAAUGAUGAAGACACCUCAAGAUUUAGUCUUCUGAAAGUUUAACCAUUUUAUUGGAUUUUUUUUUUUAUAUAUAGCAUUUGGUUACUGUAUUGUCUGACUUCAAAGGCGCAAUGUGUGAAAUAUUGCCAGAAAUGUAAUUCACCACAUUCAAAAAACGGAUCCAACAAUGUGUAGAUAUUAGUGUCAAGACGUCCAUGUACUGUGUUGCAGAUAUUUGCUGAAGCUAGCAUGCUAACGGACUAGCUGUGCCUGGCUCCUCGAGGUGAUGAGUCAGUUUCCAGUCUGUUCUUAAAUCAACAUGAGGACGAGAAAGUAGAGCUGCUCCGCGCUUGAUGUUAAGAGUCUAUGUUUUUAAAGUGUGUUCAUUGGACUAAAUCUGAAGUGGAAGAAAAUCGUUUAUAUUUUUUUCAUCUACACGAAAUAGUUUCCUGGUUUCAAAGAAGGCGGUGCUGGUGAUUCAACCGUUUCUGCUACUUUGGAUUUAAUACAUUAAAGAGACUGUCAAAGCAACAGACCAGUUAGCUAGUCCAGCGCUAACCAUACACUGACACCACACGUGAAGAUUAUGAGUUGUAUAGAUCCGGUACUUGAAAUGCUGCUUAGAGCAAGUGGCCUGGUAUUACACAUUGCUCUUUUAAAAAAGGUGUAUAAAACGUUCCAUGUAUUAUGUUCCUAAUGAUCUGACCCUGUUUAAGAAGAGCCCUCAGCUCAGCAGGAAUGGAUCGAUAAAAAUGUGAUGUUGAAAAUAAAGAAAUGUACAUCAGCA